AUGUUGAUGGAUAAUUAUUGCUUGAAUCUGAUAGUUGUACAAAUUGAAAGAGGUAUGGAUACUGAAGAUGGUGCUGGUGUUGCCUUAAAAAGAGUUAUUGGUCAACCAAAAUUAAGACGUUUAGACCCAUUCCUUAUGUUGGAUGAGUUCAAGAGUGAUAAAGCUGACGAUUAUAUUAAUGGUUUUGAUUGGCAUCCACAUCGUGGUUUCCAAACUAUCACCUAUAUGAUUGAGGGUUUAAUGGAGCAUAAAGAUAAUAAAGGUAAUCAAGGUUUAUUAACACCAGGUAGUGUACAGUGGAUGACAGCAGGUUCAGGACUUAUUCAUAGUGAAAUGCCAAAACAAGUUGAAGGUUUAAUGCAUGGUUACCAAUUUUGGUUAAAUUUACCAAUUAAAGAUAAAAUGAUUCCUCCAUCCUAUCAAGAUAUUGCACCAGAAAAUAUUCCAGAGGUUAAAAACGAUGAUUUAAAGGUUAGAGUUAUUGCAGGAAAAUAUCAAGAUGUAGAGGGUGUAAUUAAAGGUGUUGUUACACGUCCAUUGUUUUUAGAUGUUCAAUUAAAACCAAAUGUUAAAUUUUCAGAAUUAAUCCCAGCAGGUCACACAGCAUUCGCCUUUGUAUUUGAAGAAGUUAAAGAAUCACAUGUAGGUGUAUUUGAAGUUGAUUCAAGUAAAGAUAGAAUCGAAGCAGUUGCAACCGAAAAAGGUGCACGUUUCUUAUUAUUAGCAGCUCAACCAUUAAACGAACCAGUCCACCAAUAUGGUCCAAUGGUUUUAGGUUCAGAAAAAGAUCUUCGUCAAGCAUUCAUUGAUUAUCAAAUGGGUAGAUUUUAA